GGAGCGUUGAUUCCCAUGUACAUGUGCAUAAAGUUGGAAAUUGAGUGCGCCCGGCUAUCGCAUGUUGAGAAUGUUAGCAACAAAGAGCUUCAUUAAGUAUCUUCUCGUAAGACCUGUGAUCAUACCACAAUGCCGGCAGAUGUGCAGUGGACAAGAACCGCCAGCGAAAGUUGUUUCGAAUCUUGAAAAGUCAAUCAACCGCAUUACCCUUUUGGGCCGAGUGGGUAUUGAUCCUCAGCUUCGAGGGAGCGAUGCGAGUCCCGUCGUUGUAUUCACUCUAGCGACGAAUCAUAACUAUCGUUUCGAGACGGGAGAAAUUCAACAAAAGACUGAGUGGCACCGUAUUUCAAUAUUCAAGCCGCAUUUACGUACUACUGUUUCACAAAAUGUAAGAAAGGGUCACCGCGUUUUUAUUGAUGGAAGGCUUGUCUACGGAGAAAUCAUCGACGCCAGGGGUCUAGCUCAUACAACAUCUACAAUUGUCGCUUCGGAUGUGAUUUGCUUUGGUGCUAGUCCAGAAGCAUGACAGAAACAGGAAGAAAAGAUGAGUUGAUAUAGAUUACAAUAGAAUUCUCAUACAAGAAUGGUCGUCCUGGAAUGAAAGUGUUAUCCACUCAAAUACUAUUAUGCUACUGUGCCUGUGAUGUAUCUUUAAAAAACCUUUAGCAGAUGUACUGUAUUGUAAUAUUACAUAAUAUAUAAUAAAGUUCAUACAAAGUACGUUUUUUCUAUAUCAUCCUCAGAUUUAUUUGAGGAGCGAAAUAGCAAAGCGUCUCGGCGUAACUUACAUUCA